ACGAACAACUGCCACCAGUUUUAAUGAAUGAAAUUCUUGCUCAUAUCACUACGUGCGACAAGAAAUCCCAAGUUAUGGAGAAAGUCAAACAAGCAAUGAAAAAGAGAUACGUACCACCACAUGUAAUCAAUAAUAUCUUCGGAAAUCGUAACCCUGGUCGUAGUAUGUCAGCGUUUAUUAUCGAAAAAAUGUUUCAGCAAAGAAGACCUAGUCCAAGUCAUUCAGAACUUAUUAACAAAGCUAUAAAAAAGGGUUUAAUUGCUGCUACUGAUAAGGAUAAAUUACUUGCCAGCACUUGCACUACUGGAUCUCAAACGUCUAUGCAUUAUUGGAACGGUAAAAUAAUUGUCUUUUAA